AUGCAAGACGUUGCUUUGUCUCCAUCAUUGAAUGAGAAUACUGGUCGGAAUUCACAUAUCGACGAAACUGAUUAUGAAAUACGAUCAAAUCCAUCAACGCCACCGACAGAACAACAACGACAUCAAGAAGCUGAGCUUAAACUACCUUUAUUACGGUCCGAUGCUGCCGUUAAUAUGAAAAUAACACCAAGAAAUCUGAAACCAAACAACUAUGAACCUCCAGUAUCCGAUCGUGAAAGUUGGUGGCGUACUACAAUCAAGGAUACACCUAUUCCUGGUACAUACAAUACACAUUUGAACACAUUUAUCAAAGAAAUAGUGGCUCGUCCAAUGACAUAUGGAUUUAAAAGUGACGGACGACGACGUGAUCCACAGCCAUUAGAACCUAAAGGAAAAGAAUUACUACCUGGUGCAUAUUCAGUAGAAGAUUUUGUAGAACGAAUGAAUCAACUUCGACUUUCAUAUGGUUUCAAAGGUCCUGAACGAGAAAGUCUUUUAAAAAAAACAAUGGCAGUGAAUCAAGAUAAGGAUAUUGAUGUACCACCAGGACUAUACGAAACACAAAAAUAUAACACAAUUAAUGUUCCUGUGGAAUCGGCCAGACAUAGUGUUUUUAAAUCGAAAACUACACGAAAACUAUUCCUUCCGAAAAUCGGUCCAGCACCUGGUGAUUAUGAGCCUAAAACUAAUGUGACCAAUGUACAUAGUCCAACAAUAACAUCGUCAUUUAGAAGUCGUACUGAUCGGUUUCAUAGAAAAUUAGCGAAGGUACCUGGUCCAGGAACCUAUGAUAAAUUAACGAUUUUUCCAACACCGAAACAAAUCAAUACAUUGUCAAUGCGUGGAGUCUUUUUUAAUGCUAAUUAUGCACAUAAAGCUGCAACUGCUAUUUAA